AUGGACGACCCGGAACACUCGUCACAGACUUCCAUGAUGUACCAGGUGGUUGGGAUGCUGCUUCUGUGCGUCAUCUUCCUCAUCGUGUGGCUCUUUGCCUGUCGUCGGAAUCGCCACUUGAUUGACAUGGAAACGCCGCUGCUCUCGGGGGAGUCAGUCGACCAUCGAAUCGACGCGGCGACUCGAGAAGCCGAAGCGGGGUUCAGUGUCUGUGCAAGUUGCGAUUUUGAGAACUUCAAGCGCUUUGAGUACUGCGUGCUCUGUGGCGAUAAGCUCCUGUCUUUGUCAAUCACCACGGAUGAAGACGGGAGUACCGAUGACUGUGACCGGAGUCCGUAUCCUUUCGAUACGGACCAGGAACGGCGAGAAUCCUUGAUCACUUCGCCAACAGCAAAUCGAGGCACGAUAGGUCAUUUGCUAUCGCCCCGGUCGAGGAAACUGUCGUCGUUGACUCGACAGCAACGUCGGGCGAGGAACCGUCGAGAGUGGAGCCGGAAACUUGACGUGGAAGGAAACCUCUUUUGGUAUCGCAGUGGAGGGAGUGACUUGCCAGUGAGUACGGAGGUGAACGCGCUCAUGCCUGGAUAUACUUUGUCGUUCAAGAUUCCAGAGCACAAGGACUUGAAAGUGGAAGAAAAGCAUGCAGCUGAAGCAAACAAUGAUGAAGAGGAGGUGGAGCAAUGGCAGCAGGAAGAUGACGAGGAUCUAGUGAUGAUGGAUGUGGUAACUGAAGCAGUAGAGACGGAGGAGACGCUGCAGGAGAUGCGAGACAAGUUUUUUGAAAAGCUCGCGCUGCUUACAGGUGUCGAGGCGGAACUUACCGAGGCCUCAGCUUCCCAACCCGCGGAAUUCUCGACUGGCAAGUCGACGCUUGUCGAUGCUGGUCCGGAGCGACGGAAAGAGAUUGUGGCUUUAGCAGCGAGUGACUUUCCGUCCAAAUACGCGCAUUUUGUCGUUAGCACGGCGUCACUCAUUGUGCCUGCCGAAGUGGAGUUUCUGAAGUUGUCAGUGCACCGUGACUACAUGCUCGAGGAGUCUCUGGACCACAUGGUUUGUAUCCAGCCGAGAAAUUUGCGCUCGUUCAUGCGCAUCAACUUCUUGGACGAGAGUGGCGUGGAUGCUGGAGGUGUGCAUCGCGAAUGGUUCAUGCUGGUGAAUGAGCUGCUGGUUUCGCCGACACUGCGGCUUUUUACUUGCACGAACAAGGCCGACCAGAGCUACUUUUUCAAUCCACAGUCCCGCGCCGAAGUGGGUGAGGACCACCUUGCCUGCUACUUUGCCACCGGACGGUUGAUUGGCCGGGCACUAUUGGAGGGUGGAAUUUGGGGAUUCCACCUCGCACUUCCGUUGCUGAAGGUGAUCUUGGGCGUGCCAGUGACUUUCGCUGACAUGGAGUUUCUCGACCCAGAAACGUACCGCAGUCUGCGGUGGCUAAUGGACAACGACGGUGUAGAAGAUCUCGAGCUCGAUUUUAGUCUCAUUGAGGUGGUACAUGGAUCGGAGAAGGUGGUGGUGGACCUGGUCCCAAACGGCCGUCACUUGGUCGUCACAGAUGCAAACAAGCGCGAGUACUUGGACCGUCGCUUCCGGUACGCGCUGUUUGAGAGCGUGGCAGAUCAGAUGUACGCGUUCUUAUCAGGUCUAUACGAAGUCAUUCCUCGCGACAUGUUGCUUCUCUUUGACCCAGAAGAGUUUGACUAUCUCCUCUGUGGAUCUCCCGAAAUUGAUGUCACGGAUUGGGAGGCUCACACUGUUUUAACUCCGAACCUCGAGAACGCUAGCCUGACCCGUUGGUUCUGGGAGAUUGUCCGUCAAAUGCCCAAUGAAUACCGCCGGCGCCUUUUGCUGUUUGCAACAGGAUCUGCAUGCGUGCCGCUGUCUGGAUUCCGUGGCCUCACCAGCUACGAUGGCCGAUUGUGUCCUUUCAACCUCAAGGGCGUGUCGUACCAAGUGACUCAGUACAUAUCCAGUCAUGCGUGCUUCAACCGUCUGGAUUUGCCGCUGUAUCACAACAAGAAAGAGCUGAAGAGCAUGUUGUACGCUACAUUGGACACCGACCUUACGGGGUUCACAACAGCAUGA